AUGAGCACAGCAGCUGUGGCCGAUAGAAGAGUCCAACCGUCACAAGUAAGAGACUAUAAUCAUGCAACUGACUCUGAAUAUAAACGUCUCAGAGACUUAGCCGACGAUGCCUUCAAAAAAAGACAACAAUACUCCCAACAAUCACAGCAGGCCUUCAAGAGUGGUGAUAAGAGCGAAGCUCAUGCCCUCAGCGAGCGAGCCAAAGAGCAGUUGAACGUAGCCGAGAAAUUCAACAUGCAGGCCGCCGAAUACGUCUUUACGCAAAACAAUGCUGAUAGCGACAGUGAUGAGAUUGACUUGCAUGGACUGUACACCAAGGAAGCGCAAUGGAUCAUGCAAAAGAGAAUCGCGGUUGCUGUUGCAAACCACGAGUCUAAGCUGGAGGUCAUAGUGGGAAAAGGAUUGCACUCAGCCAACGGUAUUGCCAAGAUCAAACCCGCAAUUGAAGAAUUAUGCCAACAAGCCAAUUUGGCUAGUUAUGUUGACCGCAAAAAUAGUGGAGUCUUAGUUGUUGAGUUGGAGAACGCCCAAGUUCCGAGCUCUUGGGCGUCCAUGGACUAUUCGACCUUCGCUCACAACGGUCCCUCCAAACCUGCACAAAGCCACCAGGGCUCGAAACCAUCACAACAAAAGCCAUCUCAGAAUUAUACUCAACAACAACAGCCACAGUAUCAUCAGCAACCACAACAGCAAAACUACCAGAACAACUCACAAAACAACAACAAAAACGAUCUUGUCUCCACGGUUCUCAAGAUGUUGUGCAUGUGCAUUCGCAAGAACAUUUGA